AUGGACAGUGCACAGCGGCGACUCAAGGUUCUUCUCGUCGGCACAGGCGCGCUCGGCAGCGUGUAUGCCUGGCGGCUGCAAGCCAGCGGAAAAGUAGAAAUCACAGCCGUGUGCCGCUCCAACUACGCCGCAGUGCAACAGAACGGGUUCCUGAUCCAAUCCGCAGCCUUCGGUACGCACACUUACCGGCCAACCAAAAUCAUCAGCUCGAUCAGCAAUGCAACGGGCGAAAUCUACGACUACGUCAUCGUCUGCACCAAGGCGCUGCCCAACCUCGGCGAUAACUCGGACAUCAUCGCACCGGCGGUUUCCCCGUCAACAACCAUAGUUCUGAUCCAGAAUGGAGUUGGUAUCGAGGAGCCGUUUGCCAGACGGUAUCCGCAGAACCCAUUGGGCAGCGCUGUCGCCUACAUUGACGCGAGCCAGCCGGAGCAGGGGAUCAUCAACCACGGGCACAUCUCAGCAAUGACCCUAGGAACCUACCCGCCGCACUCCGAGCACUCGGCAAGGCUCACAGCCUUAUCCGAAAUCUGGAACCAGCAAGGAAUCCCGUGCACGGUCGUCAAUAACGUGCAGGCAUUCCGGUGGCUCAAGCUCGUGUGGAACGCAUCGUUCAACACUGUGGCGGUGGUUUCGGGCGGCAACGACACGCAGGAGAUGCUGGCCGAUCAGCGCUGCAAGGCGCUGCUGCGCUGUAUUAUGCUGGAGGUGUAUAGGCUCGGAGAGGCGGUUUUGGGAGAACCUCUGCCCGUGCGUAAUGGCGUAGGUGAUGCUGAUGCGUGGAUUGCGGAGACGGAGGGGAGAGAGGUGCCGGUGGUGCCGUCGAUGCUGAUGGAUUUUUGGGCGAAACGGCCGAUGGAGCAUGAUGUCAUUUUGGGCAGGCCGAUUGCUGUCGCCAGGCAGCUGGGCAUCGACGUGCCGCAUAUGGAAUCGGUGUAUGCGCUGCUGGUGAUGGUCGAGAAGCAGUAUCUCUAA